CGUGGGGUCCGCGGGCUGCUCGGCCACCUCCUCCGACAGCGUCACCAGCACGGUUUUGUUCAGCAUCCAGCUCCAGGAUUGCGGCAGCUCUUUCCAGGAGGUGGAAUGUCAGCAGCAGCCCCAUAAAGCCAACCUGGGUGCCCUUCACUUCAACAGCCUCUACAGAGCAAAUCCUGGACUUCUCCUUGCUGCUCAUGAGUGAUACCUGGAGUGGUCCCAGAGUCUCCAGUGUCAUCUACCUGGGUGAUGUCCUUCACGUUGAGGCUUCUGUUGCCGUCGACAACCACGUGCCCCUGCGGCUCUACGUCGACAGCUGCAUCGCCACCCUGAGUGGCAACAAGGACUCUGAGCCCAGAUAUGCCGUCGUGGACAAGCUUGGCUGCCUGAUGGAUAGCAAAGCUCCAGACUCCUCCUCUUCCUUCACCAGACCUGCUCUGAACAAGCUGCGCUUUGACAUCACUGCUUUCAGGUUCCAGGGGGAUUCCAGGAGUUUGAUCUAUGUGACUUGCACACUGAGGGCAGUUAAUGCUGACAAACCAGCUGAUGCCUCCAACAAGGCCUGCUCCUACCAGAAGCAAACCAACAGGUGGGUCUCUGAGGAUGGUUCCUCUGCAGUGUGUGGGUGCUGUGACGCUGGCUCCUGCUCUGGGAGACCCCGGUUCCUCCCUCCUCCCGGGCGGCCGGCGAGCUACGGGAUUCCUUCCGGGAUCCACUGGAGAAGAAAGUGGCCGCAGAAGAACAUAAGAAAGUUUACAAACGAGAGGAGGUCAUUCGGCCCAUCUUGCUCG